UGGAUAGGAGUUGAGACCACCACAAAACCAGCAAGCCUCUUAGAACCAUGUCUUUUUUGCACUUCAUAACAAUGUUUGAUCACCCAUCAGUCAAUGAACUAGAGUCACUUCAACUGCAUAUGUGCUAUUCAUGACGAGUGUGCAAUAGCAAGCUUAAUUUCUUGGGGUCUAAGUCACAACAGCUACCAAGGCACAAAAGAGAAGCAAAAGGUCCACUGAAGCAUUAUCAAGAGAAAGUGAGAGUGACCACAAUUGAGCAGCAUCUUGUCUAUAAAAACCCCUCACACCCAUUUAGAGAUUUGCACAAAUUGAAAGACACAUUCACCAACUCCUCCCUCCAAUUGUGUCCUAGACAUUACCCAAACCAGUACCAUGGCCAAACAAAACCAACUCUCAUUCCUCACAUCAGCCAUCCUUUUGGUCAUUAUAGUUUCUGUUUCGGAAACGCUUUGUCGCCCUCUUGGCGAGGAACACUUGCUAAAGCAACAUGAGGAGUGGAUGGCAAUCCAUGGGCGCGUCUACAAGGACGUGACCGAAAAGGCCAAACGGUACGAGAUAUUUAAAGAGAAUGUUAAGCGCAUCAAUGCCUUUAAUGAUGGUAAAGAUGUGGGGUAUAAACUUGCUGCGAACAAGUUCACGGACCUAACCAACGAGGAGUUCCGCGCUUCCUACACCGGCUACAAGAGGACGCCCAACAGGGUCGUGUCCUCUAUGGAUGCGAAACCGUUCAAGUAUGCGAACUUCACGGCCAUCCCACCUGCCUUGGACUGGCGAACCAAGAAGGCUGUGACAUCUAUCAAGGAUCAAGGCCGCUGUGGAAGCUGCUGGGCAUUCUCGGCAGUGGCGGCUAUGGAAGGGAUUACCAUGCUCAAGAAGGGGAACUUGGUGUCACUCUCGGUGCAAGAACUUGUGGAUUGUGACGUUAACGGUAUCGACCAUGGCUGUCGGGGUGGGCUCAUGGACAGCGCCUUUGAGUUCAUUAAAAGCAAUGGUGGCCUCACAACGGAGGCGAACUACCCUUACCGGGGGAAUGACGGGACCUGCGACUCAGCCAAGAUGGCUGACCACUCCGCGUCGAUAACUGGAUACCAGGACGUGCCAGUCAACAGCGAGACGGCCCUCUUGCAGGCUGUGGCGAACCAGCCGGUCUCGGUGGCAAUUGAGGGGGGAGGGCUCCAGUUCCAGUUCUACUCGAGCGGCGUAUUCACAGGCUCGUGCGGGACCCACAUCAACCAUGCAGUCACGGCGGUCGGGUACGGGCAGACCUCUGGCGGGACCAAGUAUUGGCUGCUGAAGAAUUCGUGGGGCGCCGGGUGGGGCGAGAACGGGUACAUGAGGAUCCAGAAGGACGUGAGCUCCAAGGCUGGUCUCUGUGGUCUUGCCACGAAAGCUUCUUACCCAACUGCAUGAAGAAAGAAGAAGAUUAAUAAUAUAUGUAAUGGUGGUUCUUAGGCUCUGUGUAAGUAUGAAAUAACGCCUAGCGUCUGUGUUAAAGAGGCGAGUGUAAGAGACAAGACGUCUCUAGGGUCUGCCAACCAAACUUGGUUCUAAGUGUUCGAAUAAAUGUGUGGGACGAGAUGAAGAACAUAGUCCCGUGAAU